AUGUGGAAAGACAUUAGCGACUUUGCAGUGGAUUAUGCCAAGUCAAACCAUAGCACAUGCAAAGGUUGUGAGCAGAAAAUAGAAAAGGAUCAGAUUUGUGUGUCUCAGAAGUCUGUGGACCCAGAGAAACCUCGGCUGGGUCUGAUUGACCGCUGGUACCACACAGCGUGUUUCGUGAGUCGCAGGGAGGAGCUGGCCUUCAAACCUGAAUACAGUGCUGCCCAGCAGAAGGGUUUCAACACACUACGGGCUGAAGACAAGGAAGAGCUUAAGAAGAGACUUCCUGCUAUGAGAUCUGAAGGAAAGCACAAAUCAGAUGAGGUUGAUGGAGUGUCAAAGAAACAAAAGAAAGAAGAAGACGACGAGAAUAAAAGGCUGGAAGAGCAGUUGAGGAACCAAAGCCAGCAGAUUUGGGGAAUGAAGGACAAGCUGAGGAAAUAUUGUUCAAUUAAUGAUAUGAAGGAGCUGCUGAUUGCAAAUGGACAGGUGGUUCCCUCUGGAGAGACCAAUGUGGUCGACUGCCUGGCUGACUGUAUGGCCUUUGGUGCUCUCGAGGCCUGUCAGGAGUGCAAGGGCCAGCUGGUGUAUAAGGGAGAUGCUUAUUACUGCUCAGGGUUUACAGGGUUUACCCAAAGGAGGCUCCCAAUCAAACUGACAGCUGCCAGUGCCUGUCCCCCAUGUAUGACAGGAAGGUCCCUCACUGGCACCACUUCUCCUGCUUCUGGCAGCGAGCAGCACCUCAGUCCACUGCUGACAUUGCUGGGUACACUGACCUCCGCUGGGACGACCAGGAUACUGUCAAAAAGGCCAUUGAAAGUGGUGGAGCUGUAGGAUCAGAUUUGUGGGUCUAAGAAGUCUGUGGACCCAGAGACACCUCGGCUGGGUCUGAUUGACCGCUGGUACCACACAGCGUGUUUCGUGAGUCGCAGGGAGGAGCUGGCCUUCAAACCUGAAUACAGUGCUGCCCAGCAGAAGGGUUUCAACACACUACGGGCUGAAGACAAGGAAGAGCUUAAGAGAAACUUCCUACUAUGAAAUCUGAAGGAAAGCACAAAUCAGAUGAGGUUGACGGAGUGUGAAAGAAACAAAAAAAAAGAAGAUGAGAAUGAAAGACUGGAAGAGCAGUUGAGGAACCAAAGCCAGCAGAUUUGGGGAAUCAAGGACAAGCUGAGGAAAUAGUGGUCUCCCUGCACACCGUCUCACUGUGGGGCGCAGAGGUCAAAGUUGAGGCCCAGGCUCCAUCUGUGGCCUCCAAGUCUGGAGCGCUGGCAAGCAAGAGCACGGGGAAAGUGAAGGAGGAACGUAAAGGAUAUUCACUGCUGUAGUUUUCUAGUUAGGAUGGUGCUGUCAUUACUGCAUGUGCAUAAUAUUUGCACAACAAUAACCUUGUUUCAGAUUUUUUUCUACCUGUUUAUCAGUUCGUUCUCUAUAUUAUCUUUACAUAAACGUAUCUUUACUAUUACAGGUAGUAUUAAAGCCAAGAAGAUGAAACGCACAGUUCAAGGAGGUGCUGCUGUGGAUCCAGAUUCAGGUUUGGGUAGAUGCUCCUGAUCUUGGUGCUACUAUCGAUCUGGACGGGUUGCAAGUAACUCUGGGAAAAGGAGCCUCCACUAACAUAGAUGACACAAGACUACUGUAAAAAUGAGUAUCCUUUAAUAUUUAUCUCCUGGUUCAUGAUUUGGAUAAUAACUUUCCCAAAUGGUUCAACAUUUUCCCUCCUUUAUAAUACAGUUAAUUCUUUAAUAGCAGUGUGAAAACUGUCAAUUCAACUGACUUUGAAUAAAGUGACUCGGUUUGAAUUUUUAUUAUUUAUGUCUGUACUAAUAGGAGCUUACACUUUUUUGUCUUUUCCAACUGUACUUUGAUUUUCUGUGUUACUGUAUAACUAAUUCCAUCACGAAUGAUGAUGGUUUUUGGUGGUAGUGUUAGUGUUAGAGUUGCCUAAAUAAAUAACUCAAAACCUA